ACUAGAUUGAGAUUCAAAAUUGCCGCCUUUUUGUCUGUCAAAAUUACAAGCAAGCAACGUGUUUUUUAUUACCAAAAAAGUCAAAACCCGAGUUGGAAACGUUCAAUAAUAGAAAAAAAUGAGCACAAUUUUGGAAAAAAUCGCCGCAAUUGAGGCGGAAAUGGCCCGGACUCAGAAAAACAAGGCAACUGCGGGCCAUUUGGGCCUCCUCAAGGCCCGCUUGGCCAAACUGCGCCGUGAGCUGAUCACCCCCAAAGGGGGCGGUGGCGGGACCGGCGAGGGCUUCGACGUGGCCAAAACCGGGGACGCUCGCGUGGGGUUCGUGGGGUUCCCCUCGGUGGGUAAAUCAACACUGCUUAGUAAUCUAGCGGGGGUUUACUCCGAAGUCGCCGCUUACGAGUUCACCACACUUACGACAGUCCCCGGCUGUAUCAAGUACAAGGGGGCUAAAAUCCAGCUGCUGGACUUGCCGGGGAUCAUCGAGGGGGCGAAGGACGGGAAGGGGCGAGGCCGGCAGGUGAUAGCCGUGGCGCGGACCUGUUCGUUGAUUUUUCUCUGUUUGGAUGUCUUGAAGCCUUUGCACCAUAAAAAAUUGAUCGAGCAUGAGUUGGAGGGGUUUGGCUUGAGGCUGAAUAAACAGCCCCCCAAUAUCUAUUUCAAAAAGAAGGAUAAAGGGGGGAUUAAUUUGAACUGUAUGGUGCCCCAAUCUGAGCUUGAUUCAGACACAGUUAAGUCGAUUUUGUCCGAAUAUAAAAUACACAAUGCUGAUGUCACUCUCAAAUAUGACGCCACCAGUGAUGAUUUAAUUGAUGUCAUUGAGGGGAACCGAAUUUACGUCCCUUGUAUUUAUAUACUCAACAAAAUAGAUCAAAUUAGUAUUGAGGAGCUGGAUAUUAUCUACAAAAUCCCUCAUUGUGUCCCCAUUUCGGCCCACCACAGAUGGAACUUCGACGAUUUGCUUGAGAAAAUGUGGGAGUACCUCAAAUUAGUUAGGAUUUACACGAAACCCAAAGGUCAACUCCCGGAUUACAAUUCGCCGGUGGUUUUACACUCAGAGCACACCUCUAUUCAAGACUUUUGCAAUAAAUUACAUAGGAGUAUCGCGAAAGAGUUUAAAUAUGCCUUGGUUUGGGGGUCUUCAGUGAAGCAUCAGCCGCAAAAAGUCGGAUUGGAUCAUAUUCUUUGUGACGAGGAUGUUGUUCAAAUCGUUAAGAAAGUUUGAAUUUUCUCGAGUUUGAGGAAAGGAGAAUGUUUGCAAGCAAUUGUUACAGAAAGAUACUUUGUAUCUGUAUUUUUAAUAAUCACGAUUCAGCGAU